AAUUUAUAAACGCUCUUUGCUUAUGUCUUAAAACCUAUUUGUGAUUAUAAACAAGAUUUCAGACAAAAGAGUUCAGUUGACGAAGAACCGAAUUAGGGAAAAUAUAAUAUCAUGAGUGAGUUAAGUAGAUAUAAAAGGCAGAGGGAGAAUAAUGAAGCUCGAGAUGAAGAAGAUGCAAGCAUGAAGAUUUUGAACAAUUUACCUGAUGUUGUUCUUGUUGAUAUUAUAUCCCGGCUCGAAAUGAAAGAAGCCAUAAGAACUAGUGUUGUGUCGAAAAGAUGGGAAUAUCUUUGGGCAUCCAAAUAUGAUCUUGCGUUUAAUGAUGAGGAUUGCAAGCAUGUGAGAUAUUUCAGGAGUAUUGUGGAUAGAGCACUUAUGCUUCGUGAUUCCUCCAGCAUAAAUGAAUUCUGUCUCUCUUGUGAAGUCGAGUGUCAUGAUGAUUCCCGUAUUAAAACAUGGAUAUGUGAUGCCGUAAAGAAGAAUGUUUGUGUGGCCAACUUUACACUUGAUGGUGUUUUUGUGUUGCCUUCUUGCUUGCUCACCUGUGCAACAUUGACAUCAUUAUCUUUAAGUUUGCUCUCGGAUUUCAGCAUUCCUACGCCAAUUGGUUUGCCAGCUCUGAAGUGUUUGAUAUUUAAUUCUGUUGAAUUUUCAGCUGAUAAUUCCAUACAGAAGCUAUUGUCCAGUUGUCCGGUCCUGGAGAAGCUAUGUUUUGGGGGAUGCAUUUGGACAAAUCUCUCUUCAUUGAGCAUCUCUGUCCCCGUGCUCAAGAGCUUGGAAAUUUUUGAUUCGAAAUUAAUUCCAAGCUUUUCAGAUUGUGAUGGUUGUCAAUUUGCAAUUUUUGCAACUAGUCACUUUGAGUCCUUCAUUUAUUAUGAGGGUCUCGAAAAUGAGUGCAUCAUUUUUAACUCACCCUCAAUAGUAGAUGCGUGCAUACAUGUUAAUUACAAUGAUGGAAGACGAAGAGAAGUUGCCGAUAAAGCAUAUAAACUCCUGAACGGACUUGCUAAUGUUGAGAAACUAGUUUUUGUAAAUGAUGUCGUUAAGGCUCUCUCUGCUGCAGAAGCAGAACAACUCCUUCCCCAUUUCCCUAUGUUCCAGCGUCUAGCUCAUUUGCAGUUGAAAAUUCCAUCAGUGAAUUUAGACUGUAAACCUCUAUUGAAGCUGCUGUGUCACGACCCAUUUUCAUGA